AUGGGGCUCGUGAACAGCCCACUCCAGAAGCGGCUCUUCAAAAAGGACAGCUCUAGAGCCGCUCUGUCGUCAGCUGCAGCAGCCAGCACGGUGGCAGCGCCAGCUGCUGAACCACCUGAAACAAACCAGGCUUUGAAGGAAUCAAAAGGCAAAGCUGAUAAGAAACUGAAGGAUGAUUCGAAGAAGGAUCGCUUCGUUUGGACAAUCGAGGAAGAUAAGGUGUACUCGCAGUAUCUCCACGAGCAGAUUCGGCAGAACAAUACCUCUCUCCCAUAUACGGCAUCUUCUCCCUUCUUUGAACGAGCUGUGGUAGAUCUCCUCCAGGAUAGUGUCCUGGCAGCAAAGCUCAAGGCUUAUGAGGAAGCGUGCCCACAUGGCAAAGAUAGAGUGAAGUGGGUGGCCCAAAAGCUCGGAGACAAAUACAAGUCGUAUGAGAGAAGGUUCAAGGCAUUGGAGGCCAAAUUGAACAAGUCAGGGAACGGUGUCGGAUUUGAGGACGAAGACGACUUGUGUGAAAAAGAGGGACCAGAGCUCGAUAACCAGAGCACCCCGGCCUCUGCAACGGAAGGAACUGCAGAAGCCCUUGAAGCUGAGCCGUCCGCCUCUGCCAAACCCAAACCCCGGAACAAGUCCACGAACUGGCCUUUCAAAAGUGCUGAAGAGAGAAGAUUGUACGAAGAGUACUGGCUUGAUCUCUGGGGUGCUACGGCCGCCGUCAUUCAGCCCAACCGGAAGAACGCGCGAGCUGAAGCGAGCAGUGCGAAAGGCAAAGCUGCGGCUGCGGGAGGCACUGCAGAGGGGUCUGCAGAUGUGUCCGGGGCAGAGCGAACGACAAGAGACACCGAUGAUGCUAGAGGGAUCAAGAAAGCGGGCAAGGCAGCGGGGGGCCGUUGGAGGAACUCGAAGGAAGAAGAGGAGGACAGCGGGGACGACGAGGACGGCCCUGGGCUGUUCUCAUUCAUGCGUUGGCAAAAGAACUUCCAAGAAGAAGGCCUUCGACGAAGAGCGGAAGCGGAAGGAGCGAGCGCUCGACUUCUUGAGAAGGCCGUGAGCGCAACCCAGGAUCUCGGCCACACGAUCAAGACGGCAACGGCUCAAGGGAACGCGCUGCAAAUCAUGACGCUCGCAAGUUUGACAGGCCGUUCGCCGCAAGAGAUGGCACUUAGCAUGUCCGAUCUGUCCUCUUUAUUUAUGGGACAGUUUAAUCAUCAGGAUCCGACGAGAGGUGCUCCCUCUGCUCAACAACCCCAGGGGCCCGCAAAUGAUACGAAUUAG